AUGGCGUAUGCUGCUCUGGCACAUCUUAACGCAGUUGUUGGCCUAUACACAUCACUAUUUCCAACAAUAAUUUAUGUGAUAUUUGGUACUUCGAGGCACAUUACACUCGGAAUGUUUGCGGUAGCAGCACUGAUGACAGGGAGUGCACUGGAAAGGCGAAUGGAAGUGGCAGCUUUUGCGAUUCUACAACUUCAUUUCAUUACUGUAUACCUUGCGGAUCCGGUGGUUGGCGGUUUUACGACCGGUGCUGCUUGUCAUGUUUUCGCUUCACAAAUGCCCAAGCUGAUCGGCGUUCGGAUACCACCAAGACAUGGUCCUCUGGGCCUUUUCAAAAUACCAUAUUUUCUAUUCGAUUUUGCAUUAUCAUUAAAACGAACGAAUGUGUAUGUUCUAAUCAUGUCACUAAUUUCCAUAACCAUACUAAUGUCCGGAAAAUAUCUCAUCAAUCCGCCAGUGCAGCAAAGGAUACGGGUACCAAUACCUUUCGAGUUAUUGCCGAUACCAGCAUUACCCGAUUUUCGACAUUUUGCUGCUUUUCUACUGGAUGCUUUUUUGAUAGCAGUUGUUAUCUAUUCAGUAACUGUAUCAGUUGGCAAAGUAUUUGCUAAAAAACAUAACUAUCAAAUCCGUCCAAGUCAGGAACUGAGAGCGAUGGCGCUUUGCCAAUUAGUUGGUGGUUUUCUGAGCUGCCAUCCGGCAAGUGGAAGCUUAUCGAGAGCAGUUAUCAAUUCGCAGCUUGGCGCAACUUCUUCUGUUAGCUCUUUGUCCUCGUGA